UUAAAUAAUUAUUUUUUUUCAAAUUGGAUUUCAUUAUCGAGGAUUUUGAUAUUUAGCAGUGAAGUAAGAGUUGUGAAGCCUUUAAUCAAGUAGUAAGAAUUCUGUCGGCACAUUCAGGUAGUAAGAGUUCUGUUCUCAUCAAUCAAAUAUUGAGAGUUCGAGAUGAUGUAAAUCGUAGUGAAGAUUGGAAGAGAUUGGUUUGAAUACAUUGUGAAGAUAUCAAGAUUUCAAGUCUUGAAGAAUAGCAAGUCAUCUUUAAACUAUUACUUGCGCUUGCUUAUGCUCCUAUUCACAAGUCAACCACGAGGCUUUGGAUUUGUCCAGUAUGUGGAUCCUGCUGAUGCUUUGGAAGCUAAACAUCAGAUGGACGGCGAGAUUCUGCAAGGUCGCGAGCUCACUGUUGUUUUUGCUGAGGAGAAUAGGAAGAAACCAACUGACAUGAGAGCCAGGGAACGAGGAGGAAGAAGUCGCACUUAUGAUCGAAGGCGGUCCCCACCGCGGUACUCUCGUUCUCCUCAGUACACUCGAUCCCCACCUCCGCAAUAUGAAAGGGGUAGAUCUCGCAGCCAAGAUUACUACUUGUCUCCUAAGACAAGAUACUCAAGGCCUGUUCCCCUGCGUGAAAAAAUGUAUAGAGAGAGGUCAAACUCACUGGAACGUUCUCACCCCUAUAAUGGAUCUCGAAGCUGCAGUCAAAGUCCAGUGAGGGAACGAUCGCCAUAUGGCUCAAGAAGCUGCAGCCAAAGUCCAGGUAGGGGCCACUCUCCAGUUAGGGCUCAAAGAAGUCCGGUCCCAAUACGUAGGAGAAACAGAAGCCCUCCUGCAGAUUACUUGAGGAAACCGGGUGGGGAUGGAUCUCCUAGCCAGUGAACUAUGUUGGAAAAAUGAUGCUUUUGUGAUGUAAAGAUAUCUACUAUGUUGCUCUUCUUAAACAUUCAGCCAUGGUUCUCUACUCUCUACUAUUUUAGUUGGUUUACAGAAUGUUUAGCAGUAUUUGCAUUUGCUCUAGAAUUCUGUUUGUCCUACAACGGUUUGCUAUAAGAUUUCUUGGCCUUUGUUAACUAUUAA